AUGUAUUCGCCGAUUUCGUUUUUCCUGAUUCUCAUUGCUCAUUGUGUGUGCUCGAUUCCGUGCCCGCAAUGUCAAAUGUAUCGAUAUCUGAAGAAUGAGCCGACGGUUUUCGAUUAUGGCCGAAACUCUUUGAAUCACCAACCAAUCGCUCAACAGUUUUCUUCUUUCGGGAAUCCGAAGCCACUCAAUUUCGAUCCGUCGGCGUUCGGAUCAGCUAUUGGAAAAACGAUUGCCGAACAAAUUCAGCAGGCCGCGCAUGAGAAGCGGCCAGCCGUGAAAUUCCAUUCUCAUUUCAAGAAAAUUUUCGUGUUUGGAUGGUAUCUUUCAUUCAUUUUUCCGCUAGAUCGCGUAUUCAUUGUCUUCUCGUUUUCAAUCGCCACCACUAACUUCUCAAUUUUCUUCUCCCUCUCCUACCUCAUUCCAACCAACUCCGCCAACAUUCUCGAGCCUUCCUUCAACCCGUUCGUGGUCUCCGACACAACCACCAGAGGAUCUUCCGACUAUUCAACAAACAAUGAGGCCAAUUCAAAACUAUCAAGUCUCUCCGAUUCCGAAUUCGCCGAAGCCAAUCGGAUUCAAUUCAUUUCCUGGAUUAUUGCCGCCGCCAUCACCAAGUCAAAUCGGAUAUGA